AUGGGUGUUAUGGAAUACUUUUAUACUCAAAAGGAAAUUGAAGAAGCAUCAAAGAACUACAAACUAAAGUAUGAAUUGCUUUUAAGAUUUGCCGAUUGUUCAGACUCUUGGGCAGAUAUGAUGGCACACACCGAAUUCCGUGUCGAUCUAAAUCAAUACUACCAAGAGAGAUCCACCAAUAACACACUGAAUGAAAGCCAACCAAAAGAACAAAGAGUUUCACUUUCAAAGAUCAACCUUGCAUCGAUUCAGAGCAAUGCCGACGAUGACGAAGAUGACGAUGUCGAACUCACAGAACAGGAUAGAAUCUAUAAAAAGAAAUUCAAUGAUCUCUACAAUCUAAUGAUGGAAGAUCAAUCAGACGAUGACAUGGAUACCUAUCUUCAAGAUCAUUUCCCUUUUUCAAAACAAGGACAACUCAAUAGAUCAUUACCAUUCCACGAAUAA